AUGCCCUAGCCACAAAAGCAUUCCCUGUGCCUACGUUCGCCGGCCGCCAUGGAGACCGCCGCCAAGCGGGCUCGUGCCGGCGACCCUACCAACAACGACCGGCUGAGCGCCUUGCCGGACGACCUUCUCCGCCACGUCCUCGCAUUCCUCCCCUCCCGACGGGCCGUCCAGACGGGCGUGCUCUCCAAGAGGUGGACGGGCCUGUGGCGCUCGGUGCGUCGUAUCGACAUCAAGAUCGACGUCAAUAGCCCAUACCACGGCGACUCCUAUUCCAAGGAGAAGUGGGAAAGGGCGGAGAACUUUGUAAACAACCUGCUCACCUUCCACGAUGCUCCAACCCUGGAUGCGUUCCGGAUCGUCAUCGGAUCAAAUCACAAGGAUCUACUUCCAACCAUCAACAGAUGGGUUUGCCGUGGCAUCAAGUAUCGCCCGGCCGAUGUCGAGAUCGGGUACUACUUUCACGGUGUGUACAAAUUACCCCAUCUGGACUCUGCCAGCACCGCUCUCCUCAAAAAGCUCUAUCUUUUCGGUGUGUAUUUGGACAACCAUUUCGAGAAGCAGCUCCGUUCAGGAUGCCCGGUCCUGGAAGACUUGACACUCCAAGAGUGUUGGACUUACUUCCGCGACAUUCACUCGAGCACGCUGAGGAAACUUGUUCUUCGUCACUGCUACGGUUCGUGGGAGAUGCUGGUUAUCAGGGCUCCUGCUCUUGUUUCCUUGACCAUAUUCACUCUGUAUCGUAAGAAUGGUGUUACGCUUGACGGGCCCAUGAACCACCUCGUGGAUGCAUCCAUUUGUCCGUUCGACAGAAGGUCCUCCAAUCCUAGCCGAGUCUCGCUUCUUGGCAGCCUGUUUAAUGUCAGGAAUCUCGAGCUGAUAUGCCUUCCGGCAGAGGUGAUGCUAGACAAGGAAUUAGAUAAAUAUCCAUCUUUCAUGAACCUGAAAACCUUGUCCAUGACCAGCUGCUUAGAUACCAAAACCUUCUUGGUAGAUGGACGUCUAGGUAGCAGCUGCGACCCGCACGAGAAAUUCAAUGCCCUAGCAAGAUUACUGCACAAGGCCCCGAAUCUAGAGAGGCUAACUUUGGAGAACUGCUGGAGUCCACGAGGGUCAGAGCAAAAGAUGACGGCGAGUGGCCUCUCACUUCGUACUCCAGACCAAAAGGAUUUCGAUUGUCCCAACUUGAAGUCAAUUGAAAUCAAAUAUAGAGAUGAUGGCAAAGAUCAUGAAAAGCACCAAAUGUUUCAACUUGUGUGCGGCCUUAUAAAGAACCUAGACUAUCCUGCCGUUACUUUCUCCAGAAUUAAGUGAACUUAGUCGUCCUUGGCUUGUAGUAUUUUUUCAGACUUACGUUGCACUAUGCCAGUAUGUGACAUUUUGUGUACUAUUUGUUUCUA